AAUCUCCUUGAAUUAUGUUUCAAGCUUUAAACCUUCCUCGUAUUAAUGAAUGAUACUUAUUAAAAUGCUUCUUCUCCGGCGAACAUCCACUCUCCUAUCCUCAACCCCCCUCUCCGUUCAAACUCUCAGCCGCCACACCCACCACCACCCCAUUUCACCGGUGAACCCUGAUCACCUCCUCCGAGUCUGCACCAUCCUCUACCAGCAGCAGAAUUCGCCCGAGUCAAGGCUCAACUCAAAACUCGCCUCUUGCGAGUUCCAACUCACCCACGAGUUCUUCCUCCAGGUAUGCAACAAUUUCCCCUAUUCAUGGCGACCCGUUUACCGCUUCUACCUUUACAGCCAAACACACCCUCAUUUCAAUCACACCCUUGUCUCCUUCAACAAAAUGAUCGAUGUUAUAGGCAAGUCUAGGAACAUUGACCUCUUUUGGAAGUUUAUAGAAGAGAUGGCACGGCGUCAUUUUGCAAAUGACAAGACCUUUGUCAUUGCAAUGAAGACUUUGGGGGGUGCAAGGGAGCUUAAGAAGUGUGUGGAGUUCUUCCACUUGAUGAAUUCCAACGGGUAUGAGUACAAGUUGGGAACUUUGAAUAAGGUGAUUGAGGCAAUGUGUGGGUGCAAGCUUGUUGAGGAGGCAAAGUUUGUUGCUUUCAAGUUGAAGGAGUGGAUUAAGCUUGAUGGGGUGACUUAUAAGCAUUUGAUUAGGGGGUUCUGUGAUAAGGGUGAUUUGAUUGAGGCUUCAAAGGUUUGGAAUUUGAUGGAGGAUGAGGGGUUUGAGGCUGAUGUUGAUGCUGUUGAGAAAAUGAUGGAGACCCUUUUCAAGGUUAAUCAGUAUGGUGAGGCUUUGAAGCUCUUUCAGACAAUGAGGUUCAAGAGGAUGGAUGAGCUUGGCGUUUCUACUUAUAGGUUGGUGAUUAAGUGGAUGUGUAAGAAAGGAAUGAUGUCCCAAGCUCAGGAAGUUUUUGAAGAAAUGCGCGAGAGAGGGAUUCUAAUUGAUAACUUGACGUUGGGAUCUGUUGUGUAUGGACUUCUCACGAGGCGGAGGGUCAGAGAGGCGUAUCAAGUUGUUGAUGGGAUUGAGGCACCGGAUUUGAGUGUGUAUCAUGGGUUGAUAAAAGGGCUUUUGAGGUUGAGAAGGGCCAGUGAGGCGACGCAGGUGUUUAGGGAGAUGAUAAGGAGAGGUUGUGAACCGACUAUGCACACCUACAUAAUGCUACUGCAAGGCCAUCUGGGAAGGAGAGGAAGGAAGGGGUCUGAUCCACUUGUCAAUUUUGACACUAUUUUUGUUGGUGGGUUGGUGAAAGCAGGAAAGUCAAAGGAGGCCAUGAAGUAUGUGGAGAGGGUGAUGAACAGAGGAAUGGAGGUGCCAAGGUUUGAUUAUAACAAAUUUUUGCACUACUUUUCAAAUGAGGAAGGUGUGUGUAUGUUUGAGGAGGUGGGGAAAAAGUUGAGAGAGGUAGGGUUGGUCGAUUUGGCAGACAUACUUGAGAGAUAUGGGCAGAAGAUGGCUACUAGAGAUAGGAGAAGGAACAGAUCUCCUAUAAUUGAAGAUACAAAUGACUAACAAACAAGUUGUGUAAAUUUAAAGGCUGUACAAAUUGACGACUAAAACUAAAGUUUAUUGGAGAAAUGAAGCAGCAGAUUGACGAAUUCUCAACAUUUCUAAACUGAGCAACAGUGGAGAAAGCUGGCUUGCAAAGAGUGCACGACUCAGGAAGGCAUGUGCCAUUUACUGCUCCUGAGGAUCAUUCGCUUAUUUCCAUUUGUCGUUAUUACUCUUUUUUUUAUACAAUUAUUUUUUUUUCUUUGAUAACAUGUUGUUAUCACUCUUUCGUUUUGUAUUUGUGGAGUUACUAUUUUUGAAAAAAAUAUCAGGGUAGAAAGCCGUAUCCAGCUUUCGCGUUUCCAAG